UUAAAUUCUUUAGUUGUACUUGCUUGUCUGUAUAAAAAUUAGAUGGAUUUUUACCGUUGAGUCCCGUCGUGACGUCAUCAUCUCGCGUCAAGCUUUUCUUGUUAUCAUCCUACUUGUCAUCUCGAAUAUUUGCCUGAAACAAAUUUCAGCAGGGCCUCCAGCAGUGAAUGAGGUCUAGAGUUGUUACAGAGCAGCCCUCCAUCUGGAGCCAAGAUGGGCCAACAGCUUUCUGGCCAGGCAAUGGCCAGACUGCCUGAGAAACUCAUCAAACAUGUGGGGCUAGUGCGGGACGGUGGCUACCUCACCUAUGACGAGUUCUUGGGUCGUGUGGCAGAGCUUAAUGAUGUAACUGCUAAACUAGCCUCUGGUCAAAAGAAACAUCUUUUGUUUGAAGUGCAGCCUGGAUCAGAUGCAACUGCUUUAUGGAAAGUUGCUGUGAGAAUAGUGUGCACCAAGAUUAACAAGGAGAAUGGAAUGGUGGAGGCCUCCCGUAUUAUGAACCUGUACCAGUUUAUCCAGCUGUACAAAGACAUCACCAGUCAGGCAGCUGAAGUCUUCAAUUCAGAGGUGGCAGCAGAGGGAUCCUCUGGACCGCUGUCAUCAGAAGAUAACUGCCAGGCCAGCAUGUGGAUGGGCAGGGUUAAACAGUUGACUGAUGAGGAAGAAUGCUGUAUCUGUAUGGAUGGGAAAGCAGACCUUAUUCUGCCCUGUGCACACAGCUUCUGUCAGAAGUGUAUUGACAAAUGGAGCGGUCAAAGCCGAAACUGCCCUGUCUGCCGAAUUCAGGUGACUGCCGCUAAUGAGUCAUGGGUCAUGUCAGAUGCUCCCACGGAGGAAGAUAUAGCUGGGUACAUUCUCAAUCUUGCAGAUGAAGCUGGGCACCCACACAGACCUUAAAAUGAAGCACUGUGCCACUGUCAAACUCACUGUCCCCCCAUAACAGAUGAUCUUCUUUAAACCGUUAUUUUAUAGGGUGACUAUGGGUAUUUGUUGCACUAUAUAGUGUCAUUCACUGGAGGCAAUAACUGCUGAUUAUUUAAUUUUUUUUUUUUUUCUUUUUUAAAUUUUUUUUUAGGUUAAUGCAUCAUAUUAUAACACCUAAUCAGUGCAUAGACUGUGAAUGCAUAUUGGUAAAUUCUAGACAACAUGUAGCUGUAGAACAUGAUUCCCUCUUUGCACUUGCCGUUUUAUCUUGUUUGUGAAGUAAUUGCACUUAAUCGCAUUUGUUCCGUAAAGGCCUUGUAAUACCCGGGGGGGAAAAAAAAGUCAUAAUAUCAGCAUGUGCAACAGUUUAAUAGUAUUGUUGAAACUAUAAUUCAGUCACACAUGAUUUAGUAACAUUGAUUGUGCAGUUGACAUGAACUCUUUAUCUCUGUGUAAGUUGGAACAAUUGUUAAUUAUAGGGCAUGACUCCAUUAUAUUACAUUCAUUAUGAAAAAUAAUUGGAUCUUUCAAAUGGAAUAAUAUUUGAGAAUGAACUAAUUUGCUUGUUUUCUUUUGCAGCUUAAUGGGUUGCAAAUGAAACCUUUAUUUUAUAGGGCAUCACUGACACUUUCAGUGGAGGCUGAUUACCUUUUAAAUGUGUUUCUUUUUCAGUUUGAAAUCCUAGACUAUUCUUGCACUUUGUGUGUAUGAGAGAGACUGUGAAUUUGUGGGCUUAGGGAAUUCACUUGUAUUAUUGAAGAUAUGUAUAGCUAAACAUUUAUAUAAAUACAUUUAAAUUUGUGUGGCAGUUUAUAAAGAAUUAAUCCAGUUUAUCAAGAUCUAUCUAGUUUUAAAAAUGUUAAUUUCUGCAAUAUUCUCACAGAUUUAUAGAUUGGACUGAAUGUUAAUAGUUUUAUCAGAGAGAAAAUGGCAUUAGUUGCCGCUUCCUAGUGUUUUUUGAAGGAGAUUUCUUUUACUUAUGGUCUAAAUUGGGAUGUUUGGUGUUCUCAUUCCUCCUUCUUGUGUAAAUCUUGAAUAAUAAAGUAAACUGAAUAUUU